UCUGUUUACAAUUUCUGAAUGAAGACAAGCAGUGGCCGCUAGAGGGCAGCGAGUGUCCGCUGGCAGGGGGGAGCUGGUCGUGGCACAACAGAGAUCGCGGUGACUUCGUUGCCAGCCAUCUGUCACUUUUACCGGGGAUCGUUUGUCUGACAGUACCGCAUGAUGGGAAAGACUGGACUUAUUAUUGUGCACACGUACACUGCAUGAAUGUGUCGCGUAAUGCGACCGAGAAGAGCUGCCUUUUGGGCGAUUUGUUUAUGGUUGGGAACGGCUUUUUUGGAGUAGCUAGUUGCUAGCGCUGGGCUAGCGGCUGGGCUGGCUACUUGGAACGCAACGUUAUUUUGCGAGGAUGCUACGUUGGAUACGACAGCAGCUGGGCGUUGACCCCCCUCAUCAGAGUGAGACCAGGACGGUUUAUGUAGCAAACCGCUUCCCCCAGCAUGGCCACUACACACCACAGCGCUUUGCUGACAACAGAAUCAUCUCAUCCAAGUAUACAAUUUGGAAUUUCAUCCCCAAGAAUCUGUUUGAGCAGUUCAGAAGGAUAGCCAACUUCUAUUUUCUCAUCAUCUUCCUUGUACAGUUAAUGAUAGACACCCCCACUUCCCCAGUCACCAGCGGCCUGCCUCUCUUCUUUGUGAUCACAGUAACUGCAAUAAAACAGGGCUACGAGGACUGGCUGAGACACAAGGCAGACAAUGAGGUGAAUGGGGCUCCAGUGUUUGUGGUUCGCAGUGGAAGUCUGGUCCAGACAAAAUCCAAGAACAUCAGGGUUGGGGACAUUGUUCGCGUGGCUAAAGAUGAGACAUUCCCAGCUGACCUGGUAUUGCUGUCGUCAGACCGUGCAGACGGCACCUGUCACAUCACCACAACCAGCCUUGAUGGGGAGACCAACCUUAAGACCCACUACUCUGUGGCAGAGACCUCAGUGUGUCAGUCGGUGUCCCAGCUGGAGGCUCUGCAGGCUGUGGUGGAGUGCCAGCAACCAGAAGCUGACCUGUACAGGUUUGUUGGCCGGCUUAUGGUGACUCAGCAUGGGGAGGAGAUAGUCAGAUCUCUGGGUCCAGUGAAUCUGCUGCUACGAGGAGCACGGCUGAAAAAUACCAAAGAGAUUUUUGGUGUCGCAGUGUACACAGGGAUGGAGUCCAAGAUGGCCCUUAACUAUAAGUGCAAGUCCCAGAAGCGCUCUGCAGUGGAGAAGUCCAUGAAUACCUUCCUAAUCAUCUACCUGGGUAUCUUGCUGUUUGAGGCUGUCCUCAGCACCAUCCUGAAGUAUGCCUGGCAGGGUGAGAACAAAUGGGAUGAGCCGUUCUACAACCAAAAGACUGAACAAGAGAGAAACAGCAGUCCGAUCUUGAAGUUCAUCUCAGACUUCUUGGCAUUUCUGGUCCUCUAUAAUUUCAUCAUCCCCAUCUCACUCUAUGUUACUGUGGAGAUGCAGAAAUUCCUGGGCUCCUUUUGCAUUGGCUGGGAUUUGGACCUUUAUCACGAGGAAAGUAACCAAAAAGCUCAGGUCAACACCUCUGACCUCAACGAGGAGCUAGGGCAGGUGGAGUACGUGUUUACUGAUAAGACUGGUACGUUAACAGAAAACGAGAUGCAUUUCCGUGAGUGUUCAAUCAAUGGAACCAAGUACCGGGAGGUUAAUGGCAAACUGGUACCAGAGGGAAUGACUGAUGAUUCACCAGACAGCGCUACACCUCAGCUGGUUGCUGAGGACCUGUUGUUUCUCAAGGCGGUGUCAUUGUGUCACACUGUUCAGAUCAGCUACGACCAGCCAGACUGCCUGGUUGGUGGUGGAGACCCAUUCUCCCAUGCAAAUGGUUUCUCAUCCAAUCACAUGGAGUACUAUGCCUCUUCACCGGAUGAGAAAGCUUUAGUAGAGGCAACAAAGAGGAUUGGAGUGGCCUUCAUUUGCAGAAGUGGCAAUACCAUGGAAAUCAAAACAUUUGGCAAGUCAGAGAAGUAUAAGCUGCUUCAUGUAUUAGAGUUUGAUGCUGACCGCAGAAGGAUGAGCGUCAUACUACAGACUCCCUCAGGAGGCAAAGUCCUGUUCACCAAAGGCGCAGAGUCGGCCAUCUUGCCUUUAACUACCAGUGGUGAGAUAGAAAAGACGAGACUGCAUGUUGAUGAGUUUGCCUUGAAAGGUUUGAGGACCCUGGUGGUAGCAUGUCGCCACUUCAGCCCAGAGGAGUACAUUGAUGUGGACAAGCGUCUGAUCAGUGCCCGCACGGCGCUGCAGCAGAGGGAGGAGAAACUGCAGGAGGCCUUCAGCUACAUCGAGAGAGACCUGCAGCUCCUGGGAGCCACAGGGGUGGAAGACAAACUUCAAGACAAAGUCCAGGAGACCAUUGAGGCUCUGAGGCUAGCUGGGAUCAAAGUGUGGGUGCUGACAGGGGACAAACAUGAGACAGCAGUCAGUGUCAGCCUGUCCUGUGGUCACUUUCACAGAACCAUGAACAUCCUGGAGCUCCUGCAGCAGCGCUCUGACAACGAGUGUGCUGAGCAGCUCCGCAGACUGGCCAGAAGAAUAAAGGAGGACCAUGUCAUACAGCACGGCCUGGUUGUGGAUGGAGCCAGUCUAUCUUGGGCAUUGAGAGAGCAUGAGAAACUAUUUAUGGAAGUGUGUAAAAACUGUUCUGCUGUGCUGUGCUGUCGCAUGGCCCCACUGCAGAAAGCGAAGGUGGUUCGUCUUAUAAAAACAUCUCCAGAAAAACCCAUCACCUUGGCUGUUGGGGAUGGAGCCAAUGAUGUCAGUAUGAUACAAGAAGCCCAUGUCGGCAUAGGUAUCAUGGGGAAGGAGGGUCGUCAGGCCGUGAGGAACAGUGACUAUGCAAUUGCCAGGUUCAAGUUCCUGGCUAAACUACUACUGGUCCACGGUCACUUCUACUACAUUCGAAUAGCUAUGCUUGUACAGUACUUUUUCUACAAGAAUGUGUGUUUUAUCACGCCCCAGUUUUUAUACCAGUUCUUCUGUUUGUUUUCACAACAAACACUGUACGACAGUGUUUAUCUGACAUUGUACAACAUCUGCUUCACGUCACUGCCCAUCCUGGUGUACAGUCUGUUUGAACAGCUGGUCCAUCCAGACGUACUGCAGAGCAAACCAUGCCUGUACAGAGACAUCAGCAAGAACUCUCUGCUGUCUUUCCGGACAUUCCUGUACUGGACUGUGUUGGGCUUCUGUCACGCCUUCGUCUUCUUCUUUGGAUCCUACACACUGAUGGGAGAAGAUACCACACUUAUGGGCAAUGGACAGAUCUUGCGAGCUAACAGGCAGCUGAUGUUUGGGAACUGGACAUUUGGAACGCUGGUCUUUACUGUCAUGGUCAUCACUGUCACAUUAAAGCUUGCUUUAGAGACUCAUUUCUGGACCUGGAUGAACCAUUUUGUGACAUGGGGUUCGAUUGCAUUCUACUUCAUCUUCUCUCUCUUCUAUGGCGGCAUCAUCUGGCCGUUCCUCCAUACCCAG